GCAGAAGAUGAAGGUUCUUCAGACAAUGUUUUGAUUGUCAGUCAGAAGAAGUCCUCAAAAAGGAAGCGAGUGGUUUCUCCCUCCCCCAGCCAUGAGGAACCACACACUGGCAGUAGUCAAUUUAGAUGAAGAAGAUGAAGUCUUUGAUCAUGGAGAACUUCAGAAGAAGAAGAAAAGAAGAAUCUCUUUUCCCUCUACAUCUAGAAAUGCCAAUCCGGAUAACUUGAUGCAAAAUGAACCAAUUGAGGAGGUUUCUGCACAUGAACAGAAUCAUCAACAGUCUGACACUCCUCAAGACCAGGGUCUUCCAUCUCCUCCAUCACAAGCUCAAACUCAUGAUGAAGUGAGCAAAUUCAUGCAGCUCUACUAUGAUUGGAGAGCUUGGAAGGUUGGAAACUCUGCAGAUCAGUUGCUUGAAUGGGAUCAACAACUGAAGAAUGAGAAGAUCAUCAAGGGAUGUUUGGGACUGCCAAUCAACUACUGUUGUGAGCAAAUUCUGGAUGAUGAAUGGGUCUGGCAGCUAAAAACCUAUGAAGAUCUGCAUUUGGAAUACUUGGCCACCUCUUCAACUUCAAAGUUUGAAGCUGAUGAUGAGGACCCAGCAGUCUACAAACCAAUCCUCUCAAAGCCAACUGAAGAUCAGACUGUCCUUACCACUGAAGCACAGGCUGAGAUGGAAACCACAUCAGAGGAUUUCCAAGUUUUUCCGGAAACCUCCCCUGCUUUUGAAACUGUUCUACCUGAAACUGUCCAGGAAAAUGCAGCCUCUCCCCAGCAAGAACAGAAUCAGGAAACUUCAGAAGAAGAACUUCAACAAUUCCUCCAAUCACAAGUUCAAGAGAUCCUCACAACCCCCCCUUGUGAGAUCUCCAAACCAACUGAACCUGAAAUUCCGGAGAAGUCAACAGAGAAUCUGGAAAAGUCACCUCUUCCAGAAACUACAGAGGAAGAAGCUCAUGAAGAACAAGCAGUUGAAGUCCAAAGAAGCUUUGAAGAAGCUGAAGAAGGAGCUCAAAUAGCUAGGCUGGAGGCCUCUGAACCUCCAAUUAUUUCUCUAUUAAGUAAGUCUGUGAGAAAUACAAUGAUGGCUUAUGCAUCUGACUGCCACCUUCAAUUCAAAGAAGCCACUGCAAUCAAGCAGCAUAUUUCCAGAGUCACAGUCAACCUUCAGAAGCAGAUGUCACUCCUCGAGAUGGAUAUCAGAUCAGCCUUGGCAGUGUCAUCAGCAAACCAAGUGGUAACUCAAGAUUACCUAAAGGUUCUUGCUGACAAUCAGAAAGAAGCAUUCCGGCUCUUCAGGCACUUUGGCACCUACACUGGGAAACUCAAGCUGGAAGUGAUUGUCCAACCUAGAAGUCCAUCUCAAAUUCCAAAGUUUCCGAUUGAAGUUAUACAAGGAGAACUCUCAUACAUUCCAUCACAUCUGAACAUGACGGAGCUGAUACUUGAAGCCCAGCAGAGCAAUCCGGAGAACUCAAUCCAGCAUCUAUCAAACACUGAGUUUGAUGGAACAGAAGCUGUAGGAACCAUUGCCUCCCACUUCACAAAUGAUGACCAGACAGAAGAUAGAUAUAACAACCUCAAGCGCAUCCAGGAAGAGUGUGGAGUUUUGCAAGGCAUUGGUGAGGUUUCCGGAUCAUCCAAGCGCAAGAAGAAGGAUACCUUGAUGGAUCCGUCAUCCCCCUCUCCGACGACGAUGACGAAUGGUGCCAACUCGAUGCCCUUCUCCACCAUCACCGAUGAAGUCUCAGAUCUGGUCCUCUCUUCUCUCACCACCGCCUUAGCCCUCUGGAAGGGCAUCCACGACCUAUUUCACGACAACAAACAUGCCCGGGCCAUGCAGUUGGAGCAUGAAUUCCGCACCACCGUCAAGGGCUCCACCUCCAUGGCGGCCUAUUGCCAACAACUCCAAAAUCUGGCCGACUGGAUCCUAUGCCAAAUUUUCUUCAGGUUCGAUCGACUCUCACGCUUUUGGAUCGCCAACGGUCAAAUUCUUUUGACCCUGGCAGCACGGCCCUGCUCACCACCCGAGCCGGCGGUCAACUCCACGGCGGGACACACGGCGGCAGCGGCUAUGGUGGAAAGCACGGCGGUAGCAGCUAUGGUGAUGGCAACCCGGGAUAGCGCGGAGGUUUUGGAUGUGGGCAAGGACGUGGUAGCGGAAAUCAGGGUAGUGGACGUUAAAACGGCUCUAGGCAACGACAAACCCAUGACAGAAAUACCACCUGGAACUCACCUCACCCGAACCCCAACCCUGGCCUCUUAGGCCCACGGC